GAGCCCAUGAUAUUAACAGGCGGCCUAUAUAUAAUACUAUAACCGGUGGUGCUAAGCUAUGCUUUCUGUUUGAACACCAUUAAAAAAGAUAGAGAUAAUUUCAAUCUAAGAAGAAGAAGAGCUCUGGAGUCAUGUUUUAAGUUUUUUUCGGUUCUCAGACGUCUAUUCAAAAGUAUUAAUCUCCUCUAAGACAUGGAGAAGGUGUGCACAUGGUCAGAUUGCUUCCAGGACCGGGUUUUUCAUUCCAGGAACUGCUUGUUUGGUGUUUUCUCAACCUUGGAGGAUUCUUUCUUGUUUUCUUCGUUAAUCGCACAUAGUGAACAGACUUUUAAUCAGUACGGAAGGCGUGAUGCAAUUUUCUUUUAAGAUAGGUGUUGAAGCUUUAGCUCAUAUAUACAAUGCUCUGCCGAUAAGCAUUGAUUUUCCUUCAGAAAUUGCGUUCUGGGGGCUGAAGUUUGCAAUUACAUGAAAAAUAUUGAGCACGUCGUCAAUUAUUAGAAGAACUUGAUCCAUUGUGUCUGUUAAGAAAUAACUUAUCCUUCUCCUCAUGUUUAGAUCUACAAUUUUGUUGACGGAAGAUCUGGGAUCAGAUUGAGUAUUUAAUAGGGAAGUUUGCUGUUGUUAAACCCGUGACAGCUGGUUCUAUUAGGAGUUCCAUCUUCUGUUUCGUAUUAUGUUCGGCUUUUUCUUGACUGGUGUCGGAAUGAUCUGUGGUUCAAGACUCUUCGCUUCUUUUGCCUGAUACUUCGCGGAAACCAGUAGUAGCUAUAUUUGGAGAAUAAAGUUGUGAUACCUGUCUAUCUACUGCCUCUAGUUUUGUGGUCAUGCCUGGACGCGGGAGAAAAUUAAUAGUGCAUUCAGAUGUAUAAAUCUGGCUGUUAAUUGUUAAGUUUACAUUUCAGAAUUCGGCAACUUAGUAGAGAUACACCAUAAGUUUUGUCUAUCUCCUCAUUCUUUCCAUUUAAAUAAGAGGUUAAUAGCAGCUGAAGUGACACAAAUGGAAAGGUAUAAUAUAAUUAAGGAGGUUGGCAAUGGAACAUUUGGAAGUGUUUGGCAAGCUACGAAUAAACAGACUGGUGAAAUUGUUGCGAUUAAAAAAAUGAAGCGAAAAUACUAUUCAUGGGAAGAAUGCAUUAAUCUGAGAGAAGUGAAGUCCCUUCGGAAAAUGAGCCAUUCUAAUAUUGUUAAGCUCAAGGAAGUAAUUAGAGAAAAUGACAUCCUUUACUUUGUGUUUGAAUACAUGGAGUGCAAUCUCUACCAACUUAUGAAGGACAGGCAAAAACUUUUUUCAGAGACUGAAGUUAGAAAUUGGUGCUUCCAAGUAUUUCAGGGUCUUGCUUACAUGCAACAGCGUGGAUAUUUUCAUCGGGACCUCAAGCCAGAAAACUUGCUAGUUUCAAAAGACUUGAUAAAAAUUGCUGAUUUUGGUCUAGCUCGUGAGAUCGAUUCUUUACCACCAUAUACAGAGUAUGUCUCAACACGCUGGUAUCGGGCGCCUGAAGUUCUGCUUAGUUCUCCAGCAUAUGGUUCUGCAGUUGAUAUGUGGGCUAUGGGUGCAAUUAUAGCUGAGUUGUUAACUCUGCGCCCUCUUUUUCCAGGUUCAAGUGAAGCAGAUGAAAUUCACAAAAUAUGCAGUGUAAUUGGCACCCCAACCGAAAUUGAGUGGGCUGAAGGGCUUCAGCUAGCAAGUGCAGUCAACUAUCAGUUUCCUAAGCUUGCUGGUGUUCCUCUUUCUAUACUUGUACCAUCUGCAAGCAAGAAUGCAAUCAGCCUUAUUGCAUCACUCUGUUCCUGGGAUCCUUCCAAGAGGCCAACAGCGAUGGAGGCUCUUCAGCAUCCUUUCUUCCAGAGUUGCUAUUAUGUUCCUCCAUCGCUUCGCUGCAAGCCAACUGUCGCAAGGACUCCUCCAUCGGGAUUGUCUCCUCAUUUCACUUUACAAAAGAAAAACCUGCAGGUCCCUGAUGUAUUUGGAGUUGCAACUGGAACUAAAGGUUAUAUGCAACAGAAACACGCGAGGAGUUACAAUGGAAAUUUGUCAUAUUAUAAGCCACCAGCUGUGCAACGGAAGUUGGAGAUGGAUUAUCAGGAAGCAAACAAGUAUCAUAAAACCCUUAAGCACAGUGAUGCGAAACAACCGCCAAAAUAUCAACCACCUAUAAGGAAUAAUGCAACAACAGUUCAUCCUUGGAAAGCCGGUGAAGUUAUUGAGACAGCUCAGAAGCUGUCAAACAUGACAAUUGGUAAUAACAAGCAGUCUCUUGGGCAACUGCUGCCACCACCUAUGAAGGCUGGGGGAUGGGAACCCCAGUCGGAUCCGUUUCUUGGGCGAUCUCAGGACUUUAAUCACGGACAAGCCUACAGCAGGAGAGUGGCUGGUUGAAGAAUAGCUAUUUCAAGUUCUAGUGGAUGACAUGUAAUUUCUUGUUUAUAUAUAUAUAUAUAUAUGUACACUAUGGAAACCAGUAUCUGUGUGAUUGGAACGAUGGUACUGUAAUAAUAUAUGUGUGUGUGAUAAUGACGACAUUGACAAGCUUGGAAAAAUAGUAAGUUUUCUGAUCUGUUUCCAUA